CCCUUGAAGUGGAGUUAUAUCUCUUGUAUCGCUUCCGGUUGAUUAACGCGGGAAUCGUAAAAGUUAUUUUUCUUCCGAAACCCGUUCAUUCUGUGAUUCUUGAUUGCGAGUGACAGCUAGAGAAUAUUAUGGCUCCAUUUGUGGAUCCUAUUGAAAUGGCAGACCAAGUGCAAACAGCAUUACGAGAAAGGCUUGGACAGUGUUGGGUCCCAGAGGCACCAAUUGGUUUCAAAGAAGAAAAACAACAGAUUACCGACUUAGUGAAACGGACUAUCAACUUUGGUGAAAGUAACUCAGUUCUUUUAAUUGGAGCCCGUGGUAUUGGUAAAACGAUGUUAUUGAAGAAUGCCUUGAAGGAAGUGAAGAAAGACAAAAAUGUUCACCAGAAUCUAAUGGAAGUCUACCUCAGUGGUUUGCUACAGACAAAUGAUAAAAUAGCACUGAAAGAAAUUGCUCGACAACUUCACCUUGACAACACUGUUGGAGACAAAGUAUUUGGAUCAUUUGCUGAGAACUUACAGUUUUUAUUGGAAUCUUUGAAAAGUGGUGGUCAACACAGUAAACCAAUUCUGUUCAUUCUUGAUGAAUUUGAUCUUUUUGCCCAGCAUCGGAACCAAACCUUACUCUACAACCUCUUUGAUAUAGCUCAGUCUGCUCAGGCCCCAAUCACUAUCAUUGGUGUAACUUGUCGCUUUGAUGUGAUGGAACUGUUAGAAAAACGUGUUAAAUCUCGUUUUUCUCAUCGCCAAAUCCUUUUGUUCAACAAACUCUCCUUCAAAGAAUAUACAGAAGUCUUUAAAAAAUACCUCAAAUUACCAAAAACGUUUCCUGAUUCCAAGUUUGUUUCAAAGUGGAAUGAUUCCAUUGAGAAACUGUGUCAGGAUGGUACCAUUCAAGAUGUUCUGAAACGUCAGUACAGCAUUGAUAAAGACAUUCGAAGACUUCAGACAUUUAUGAUGGGACCAAUCUGUAACCUCAGUUCCACUCAACCAUUCUUGCAAGUCUCAGAUUUUAUUGAUUCCUUCAAAAGGAUGAGUACAGACAGCAAAUCCUCCAUAUUACAUGGUUUGUCUAUCCUUGAACUUUCUCUUGUGAUUGCUAUGAAACACCUGACAGAACUUUAUGACGGUGAACCUUUCAACUUUGAAAUUGUCUAUAAUGAAUAUUUGAGGUUUUCCCAACAAAAAUCUUCUCUGCAGAUCUUUGAAAAAUCUGUUGUCUUGAAAGCAUUUGAACAUUUGCAAAAUGUGGAGUUGAUCAAACCAUUGGAUGGCAGCUGCACUCGUGUACAGAAGGAGUACCGACCCAUGACACUUCUUGUACAUCCCAUGCAACUGAAAGAAGUCUUACAGAAAUUUCCAUCAUGUCCCAUUGAAGUAAAACAUUGGGCUACCACCUCUGUUAUUUAGCCACUUAUACUGGUUCGAGCCUGAUGGUUGUGGCCAUACAGGAGUACCACCAUAAACAGACUAUAAGAGACAAAACGCAGGUUGCCACAUUAGUCAGCCUGCUGUGAACCCAUUUUCUAUGUUGCUGAGAAAACUCACCAAACAUCAGAUGUUUGAAGAAGACACCUCUGUUAUUUCUGUUGUUCAUUUUACAGAUUAUCUCACUGUUUCCAUGAAAAAUUCAACUCAUUCAAAGACAAUAAAGAAAACAAUUAUUAUUUUAAUAA